UAAGAACUUCUCGUUUGCUUCCGAUUCCCUCCCUCUUCUCUGUCUACUCUCUACUAACAAACCUUGUCUCUUAUGCUCAAUUGUCCAUUUCACCAACUAACAACGCACCAUCUUCUUCUUACGACCAACUUUUCUACGUCCUUUAUUCUCCUUUUUUGGCUCUAUCUCAAGGAAAAAGUGUAUCCUUUUUUUAACACAACACCUUUCUUUUUUGUUCCUAAGCUCCAUAAACCUCUUUCACUGCCUUCCAGUUUUCCACUUUAGUUUAUCUGAACAAUGCGAUUCUGCUGUGAUCUUGAAGUGGAUGUCAACGGUGAAGAGGUGUUCAUGGUAGACAAGAAAACACUUGCAUCUUUCUCUAAAAGACUCUCCAAAUUGUUUGGUCAUUUUAUGGAUAAUACAGGGAACCUGAAAGUAGUAUUUCAUGACUUCCCUGGUGGAGCUGAGGGAUUCGAGCUCAUAGCAAGGUUUUGCUAUAACAAUGGGAGAACUGAGAUAACUCCUGCCAAUAUAGUAUUACUAAAUUGUGCAGCACAAUUUUUGGAGAUGGAUUGUGAUGGCCCCAGGCCUAGCUUGUUGAACCAAACCAAAAAUUCUCUAGAUGGCAUCAGCUUCUGGUCCUGGUCUGAGCUCCUUGUAGCUUUGAAAGAGUGCCAAGGUUUGCUUUCUCCUUCGAAACCUUCGCUAAUACUCAAUAAAGUCCUGGAUUGUAUUAUAGGAAGGCUUGCCUCUCCUAUUGUUGCAAGCCCAUACACAUCUUCUUCAGAGAACUCAAGUUUCCAGUGUUCAUCUGAUACAAGGAGAAGCUAUAGUAUCAUAAACAAUUCCUACCAUGUAUCUUGGUGGUUUGAGGAUCUUCUGUUUUUGAAUAUUGAUUUGAUUGAUAAGGUAAUAAAAAAGAUGAUAUCCCAACAUUUUGAUCAUGCUACAAUAAUUAAGUUCCUCUUCUGUUAUCAAAGAUCGAGAUUUCUUACUGCCACCCCUACUGAGAAGUGCAGAAUCAUGGAGGUCAUAAUCAAUUUGAUGUCUUUGGUUGAUAGGAGCUACCUUUCUUGCAAGCUCUUAUUCGACAUCUAUCGAGUGGCUUCUAGUUUGAAAAUUAGCAAACUUUACAAAUCCAUUUUGGAAAAUCUUAUCGGUUUACAACUGGAACAAGCAACCAUAGAUUUUUUGCUUGUCCCAGCACCACAAAAGAAACAUUAUAUGUAUGAUGUGAAUCUGGUUCUGAGGCUGGUAAAUGCAUUUCAGAAUGAACUAAGUUGUUGCCAAUCCCCGGUUCGAUUACAAAAAGUUGCAAGCUUACUAGACUCAUACCUUGUGGAAGUUUCAGCAGAUUCUUACUUGAACCCUUCAAAGUUUGCAGAAUUAGUCCUCCUGCUGCCUGGUUCUGCAAGAGAAUCCCAUGAUAGGCUUUUUCAAGCCAUAGACAUUUAUCUACAGAUUCAUGGAGGAAUAUGUGAAGCACAGAAAAUGAGAAUCUGCAGUGCACUUAACUAUGCAAAUCUCUCGACAGAUGCAUUGAGACACUUGGCUCGGAACUCGAAAUUUCCUUCAAGAAUAGCUAUACAGGGUUUCCUUAAUCAGCAACCCAUGCUUGAAAACUUACUUGAAGGCCAAAAACAUAUUGACACAUUUAGCGGUUCCAGCUUCCAGGGGAAAGCCGAGCAACUUGAUGAACAGCUGCAAGAAAUGCAAUGCAGAGUAACAGAACUGGAGAAGAUCUGUGGAAUAAUGCAAGCUCGAAUAGGAAAUAUUCGGAGAACAAGAUUAUCCAGUCUUGGUAAUAAUGCUAGAUUCUUACCAAAACUCUGCUCUUGAAACAUACCCUUGCCUCCAGAGUCUUUUAUAGUUUGCCUCUGCAUUGUUUUUGAAAAAUAUGUGUACAUUCUGAGCCUAUUAAUGUAAAUAUAGAUUAUUUUUGUUACAAAUGUUGUAAAAGAGUGACUGCAAAUAUUGUCAUUUUUUAUGACAUAAUA